AUGGCUUCAGAAGGAAAGAAAGUGGUCAUCGCGUUUGACCUUUACGGCACGCUGCUGUCGACAGAAUCGAUUGCAAUCGAACUCGCCCAGUUAUACGGAGAGGAGAGCGCUAAAGAGCUGGCUGCGCAGUGGCGGAGGUACCAGCUCGAGUACACAUGGCGAAUCAACAGCAUGGGAAUGUACCGCUCAUUCUCUGAGCUUACGCGCGCGGCAUUGAAGCAUGCCGUUGCUGAGAAGAAGCUCGCUCUGUCUAAGGAAGACGAAGAGCGUCUUAUGGAUGCCUACAAUGGCCUACAGACUUUCCCCGAGAUCAAGGACGCCUUGGAGAUAGUCGAAAAUGCUCCCACGAUAGACGCAUAUGUCUUCUCAAACGGCACCGACGACAUGGUGGGCACCUCAAUGAAGACGUCACCGGACCUGUCCCGUAUGAGCCAUGUGUUUGGGCCUACCCGGUUGAUCACUGUUGAAGAGGUUCAGUGCUUCAAACCCUCGCCAAAGACCUAUGAGCACUUUGCGAGGAAGGUGAGUAUGUCUGACCAAAAGUCCGCCAUCUGGCUUAUCAGUUCAAACCCCUUUGAUGCGCUCGGAGCGAGAGCUGCAGGAUGGAAGUCAGCCUGGAUCGACCGCGCCGGCGUUGGCUGGGUCGAUGCUCUGGGUAGCACCAUCGGGCAGGAGCCAUCCGUCGUUGUCAACGGAGUAGACGAAGCUCUGAGGAAGAUUGUGGAGAUUUCAAAGUAA